CUGCGCGCGCGGAGGGGGCGGAGAUCCCAGAGCGCGCAUCGUUAAGAUAGAGCGGUCGCGCGCCCGCGGCUGAGGAGGGGGCGUGGCCUAGGAAGGGGCUGACGCCGUUGGUUCGUCGGUAGGCGGUCGGACCAAUCCAGGCGGCCAGAGGGGCCGACCCGGCCUGGGGGCCUGCGUUCGCCAAUGGGCGUGCCCUCUUGGCCCGCGGGAGGAGGAGCGGAAAUUUGAGCCGAGAGCCGGGCACGCUGACGCAGGACGUCCGAGGGCGGCGGGCCGGGGCGUGGCUGCGCGGGGACCGCUCCCCACCCCACCCCACCCCACCCGACCCCACCCCCCUAGCAGCGGGGAGCCCGCGGGGCAUUUUCUUGCCACGGCUUCUGUACGGUGACAACCUCGAACCCUGGAGUGGAAGCGAGCGCUUGGGAGGGCGCCCCUUUGUCCCUCCGUCCGCGCCUGUGAGGGGCGCUGGGGAUGGGCGCGCCUCCGUGGGGCUCGCCUCCGCUUCUCACUUUCCUUCCAGAGCGGCGUUUGCACGGCGGGGAGGCGUGUCCGCUCCGGCUGGGCGUGGGGCUGCCGGCCUGGCCUAGGGGCGGAACAACUCCCCGGGCACCCCGCCGCAGCAGGGUUCCUAGGUGGCCGCGCCUCGAGGCGCAGGCCGCUCGCCCCCUCCAUGCUCUCUCCCUCUGCUCAGCUCCGGAACUCUGUGCGGCCCGGGUGGGAGCGAGGUCUCGGGUGGGGCGAGGCCGCUCCCGCAGGAAGGACCGGCUGCUUCCCCGACCGAGCAGCCGGGGACCCCGAGGGGAUCGCGCUGCGGGAGUGAACUACGUGCUGGUGCAACCGGCGCCGCUGUUCAGGGAACGCGGGGCCCCUUCCUCCUCCCCGGCCCGGCCUGCUGCCAACAACUUCUCCAGGCUGCCCCUCUCCCACCGCGGUGGGGAAGGCUUCAAACGCCACCAGCUGCGAGGACCCCGCCCACCGCGCCCCACCCACCCACUGUCUGGGCCUCCCGAAGGAAAUACUCCGCGGCGCCCAGCCCGCGUAUUCCUUGUCCGGGCCCUGCCAACUUGCCCUUCCCUGACUCUCACCGGCGCUCCCACCCUCAUCGCCUCGGCCCCACCGUCCUUCUGCAGGCCUAGGCCAUCUCUGGAGAGACCAGUAUAUUACUUUCUACUGCUUCCGAAUCAAGCGCCGCAAGACCCUUUCCGGACCCUCACCGGCAGCCCCUGAACCGGAAGGCGGAGGCCUGGGUUUGCCCCCUGGGUGGUUUGCCUUCAUGGACGGUUUGCACGUGUCCGCCCGCCGCAAGGGGACCCUGCUGGGUGACUGGGUGACGGCAGCCCAGGCACUCAAACCCUGCGGACCUGAGAAGAGGGCUGGGUGGGGCGAGGUCAUCCUGUGCACAAAAUUAAGAGCAGCCAUUUCUCACCAAAUUAAUUUGAGGCCUGGGUAGGAAAAAAAACGUCUUUCCAGGUAAUGAAGAAGGAACUGAGAGAGAUGUUCUCUGUUACUUGCUAGGGGGAACCGUAAACUGGCAUGGAUGAUUGAGCACCCUGGGUGUCUGUAACCGAAACCCUAAAUAAACUCCCCUCUCA